CGGCGCGGCUUAGGCCGAGGUCCAGAUUAUUCUCGUCGGUUUGCUUGUCCUGUUGUCUGUCAAAGCAGAAAGUCGAAGCGUUGAUCGCGGCGCCAGAUUAUCUAGUGCAAAUAUGUCUGGGUCUGGAAAAGUGGAACUUGUAAUGCGUGCCUUGCAUUCCUGGAAAAUCUGUGUUGCAUGAGCAGCAAAAGAGGAGCUUCCUUUGCAAUGAAAAACGCAAUUUGUAAUGCGUGCUAGGCAGCCAUCAAGAGGCGACGUCUGAAAAACUUGUCAUGCUUGGCUGCCAUUGCAACCGCUUCCGUCAUCCGCAACUCCGCACCACAGGUUUUCACACCCAGACAUAUUUGCAUUUCAUACGGAUCUGGACGAGUUGAUCGAAUCGUUCCGGAACAAACGGUAUCCUGUGCAAAAGUAUCGUGCUCGCAUUGCAGUCGUGCAUUACAAAUUUUUUUUCUUGCGGUAAAUCCGCAUGACAAAUUUGAUUUCUCUUGCUGGGGAAAUAUGUAAUGCAUACGAGUACGAUACCUUUGCAAUGCAUAAACGGAACUUGAACGCGGGGCGGCACGACAGGGACAAGGACAGCACCUAUCAAGUGCAAAUAUGUCUGGGUCUGGAAACUUGUGAUGCUGGGUGGCGAUUCACGAGGAGGCCGGAAGUGCUGGCUCAGCAUGACAAGUUUCUGAGCUUCUAGGUGUUGCCUGUUCUGCAUGACAAACUGCGUUUCUGCAUGACAGAGAAAUGGGGCUCUUGGAUGUUGUGCAUGACAGAUUUAAGAGUCGUGCCAGACAAGCACGACAAACAUGCAUUCUUCCAGACCCAGACACAUUUGCAAUGCAUAGCACCAGCGCAGGCACGAUCUCGCAGGGGCUGAGUGCGAGUAGAAGGAUGAUGCGAAACACGCUAAACUCCAUGCCGUUGGGGAGAUUUCGGGAUCGUGAAGCCGAGGAGGCUAUGCAUUUCAAAAGCAUUGUGCCGUUAGUAGGAAUCGCAUCGCAAAUUUUCUCAGCAUUAGACUUGGAAUUUGUAAUGCUGAUUUGCCUUUGAUAAAAAAAUUUGUCAUGCAUGGUUGCGAUUACUAUGAGUGCGAUAUUACUUUUGCACAGGAUAGAGGCAGAGGAGGACAUGGAUUUCGAAGAGAUCCUUGCGAUUAACGAGAGAGAUAUUCAAGAAAAAAACUGUGUGGGUGUAAGUCUGUAAUGCAAAGGAUACAAAACAGCUACGCUUGUCAUGCUGGCCAGCCAUCAGCUGCUAUUUAUUUUCAACUGCGUUUUCGCGUGAUAUUACUAGCUGUGCAUGACAGGUUUUAUUUCUCCGACAGCAUGCAGUGCAAAUUGAAAUUUAUCAUGCUGUACGUCCAAGACACCUACCCUCUUUUUUUUCUUGGAUAGGAGAACAAACGGCGCAGCAGCAACAGCAGCAAAACCGAACUUCUACUGCGUCGAACAGUGGGAACAAUAAUAACAAGCUAUCAAAAGGAAAUUUCCCCCCUCCCCAUAUCAAAACGAAACUUCUCAUGCUGGAUUUGUGCACACAAAUCAGAUUUGUCUUGCUGCCGAGGACUGCAGGCCCAUAUCAGGCCUGAGUAGAUAAGUUUUGGCCUAGGCGCUUAGCAUGACAGACGUCUACGCUUUAGGAGCAACAGCAUGACGAACCGCCUGUAGAAUGUGGCGGAGCCUGUAGAUUUGCCUUCAUGCAAUACAGCGACGAUUUGUCGUCUCAAAUCAGCAUUACAAAUUUUCAGAAGUGUACCGGUUUGGUAUGGGGAGGGGAGAUUUUUCCUCACAAUACAAGCCGAAAGUCUUCCGGAGCUUCUUGAAGGUACUGUUACUUCUAUGGCAAAUUAGUAACUAGAGCUCGUGCGCAUUUUUAAUCUAGAUCUUCAGUUUCUUGUCAUGCACAUGCGGUAUCUGUUUCUGUGGUGUGCAUGAAUUACUUAUCUUUGAUCCAGAUCCACAGCAUGAUCUUCGGGAAAGCCAUACUACGUUCGGCUAAAAAUUCUCCGCAUGAUCAUGAUCUUGGUGGACCAGAAAAUUCUACAAUUACCAGGGCACCACCACGAGUCCGACUUCCCACAGCCCCGCUAUCAUAAGAAAAAAGUGUUACAGUUACACAUUUGUUCGUAACUUUAGCAACACAAAUUUUCUGUGCAUGAGAGGGAAAGCUUGCAAUGCACAGACCACAAGGGAAUAAAACACGUAUGAAAAGAAGCUUGGUGGAAGCAUUUCUGGCAUGACAGAGGUUGUCUGUCAUGCUCGGCUUGCAAUCCAAUCUGUAACUGUAUGUAGCACUUUUUUCUCGUGAUACCCGCUGCCGUCGUUCCAGUGACGGAUACGGAAGCAAAUGCAGAGCAAAACCGGAAGUCCACCCGGUCCUCCUAUGAACUGUAAAAAUGUCUGGGUCUGGAAACUUGUGAUGCUGCGUGGCGUAUCAUGAGGAGGCCACACGUGCUGGCUCAGCAUGACAAGUUUCUCAGCUUCUAGGUGUUGCCUAUUCUGCCUGACAAACUGCGUUUCUGCAUGACAGAAAAGUGGGGCGCUUUGGUAAUGUGCAUGACAGAUUUGAGAGUCAUGUGAGACAAGCAUGACAAACUUGCAUUCUUCCAGACCCAGACAUAUUUGCAACGCAUACCUCCAUUUUCAACGCGAUAUCAUUUACGAAAAACCGCACGAGCUCUCACGGCCCGAACAAGAGUCACCUGCACGCGCCCGGCGGGACCCGAUCGAGCAUCAUCGCAAGCCUCGUCCCCAGUAGCUUCUCGCGCACGAGCUUGGCCGGCGCGCAGUCGUUCGUGACCAGCGAAUCUUUCGUGAAGAGGAUUUGCAGUUACGACGAGUCCGCUUUGCGGGCCCGGCCGAGUCCGAAUGACGCGCUGCGCCGGGCCGCCACGCAGCGAAACAGGCAGAAGAAAACGAACAACGACGGAACUGCGAUGGGUAAGGCCACCGUGAUAUUCGGGACGAAGGGGAUAGCCAGUGCGAUAUCCUGAGCAAAAAUGUACCCACCCCAGAGUUGUCAUGCAGAUUUGCAGCUACAGCAAGAUUUGUAAUGCGCAUACACAUGAGUAUGAGAGGCAUUUCCAAUCACGUUUUGCGCUUUGCAAAGCUGUCGACAGGAUGAGUAGAUGGAUUUGUGUUGCGGCUGUGCUUGCUAAACUUCACUACAAUACCUAGGCGAACGCGUCAUGCUGGACCCCCAAAACUUCUCGAUUUGUGUUGCGAGAUCCUCAUCUUGACUCUGGUGUGGGGAGCUUUUUACACAGGAUAUGCGAAAAGUAGUUCGGGUCCUGGUGGUGCGGGAAAGAGUCCGAAUCACGCGCAAAACGCCAUCGCGAUACAGGAACAGAGAAUGCUACAGGCGGAGGAAGAGGUAUCGUUCUUGUGAUUAUACCGUUGUUAGACGUUGGCUGACGCUGAUGUCAUGCGUUUCAUGGAUCGAUUUCGAUUUCAAUGCUACCCUUACCCGAGCCCGUGCCUGUCAUGCCGGUAGACGAAGCUCUUCUUGUACGACCAAGAAAAUAAAAACCUCUAGCACCCUUAUCAGAUACAAAACACGUGGACCUUCGCCGUGAAGUGCAUGAAGAAAGCGGCUCUGAUAUCAUUUGUAAAAACGUCCCCACACCGACACCAGAGUCAAGUUGGGAAUCUAGCAACACAAAUCUCCAUGUUUUGGGAGCUGUGCAUGACAAGUUUCCCUCUGCAGUGUAGUGCUGGUUGGCAGGGGAAGCCGCAUGAGAAAGCUACUUUCUCAUCCUGUUUACAGGAUUACAAAUCCCAAAACAGGAUUGGAAAUUCCUCUCAUGGAGCUGCGCAUUACAAAUGUUCCUGUCAUUGCGCAUUUGCAUGACAACUCUGUUGGUGUGGGGACGUUUUUACUCAGGAUAUCUGAUAGAAGAGGAGAAGAAGAAGCUGGAGUCUUUUGAGAAACGCAUGCAGGCCAUCAGUAAGAUGCUCCAAGAAUUGGAGUUGAACGGGCAGCAACAAAACCCGGAACUGAUGAACAAUGUGAAGAACCUGUUGCAAGUCCCGGGUGCUGCCGGCGGCGGCGCAGGCGGCGACGGCACCACGGAAAAGCAGAGCAGCCGGUGGUCGGUCGUGAAAAAAAUCUCCGUCACGGUCCAACGUCCCUCCGCCCUGCUGUCGGUGCUGCGAAUCAGCAACAGCAGCAACGCGAACGCAGCAGGAGCUUCCCCCGGGGGGAUUGCAGGCAGUAAACGAGAACCGCAUUUGGGGCUCGGGGACUCGAAUCUUAAUUUGAUCAGCGAGAAUGGGACUACAGUGAUGAUGAAACAGUCCACUGCGUCGCAAAUGAAACAGUCCAACUCCCCCUUAAACCUUAUGUCUUGCAAAUCUGUAGUCUGGGUCAUCUGGGAGGCUCGAAGACACGUAUGAUGCUGGACUCGUCGUCCCACGCUCGUUAAACAAUUCCGUCAUGCAUGUUGCGCUGCAAUAGCGCUGCAUCUUCUUUGUCAUGCAAAAGCACUGGUGUUUCUGUUGCGACUUUUGCGCACCACAGAACCGUUCUUCAAGAGUUUGUCAUAGUAUUUGCGAGUAGUUUCUAGAUUAGCAUGACAGCAACUUUCAUCCACAGGACCCAGACGUAUAAUUUUCUUCAGUGCAUAAACCGGAGACAGUCGCAACUCUCCGCCGGCCUACCUGCGGUGAAUCUCCGAUCUAUGAAAAGAAAAAAGUUUGUCACAGUCACUAACGUGCAGGUUUUGCAUGAGAAAUUUUUCCAGCAUCACAGGUUUUUCUUGUAUUGCAGAAACACUAGGGAAAUCUCUUAUGAAGUUUGGCUGUGAUGCAUUUUUACGCAUGACAGACAGUUUUGUAUUGCAAAAAUGCGCAUGAGUGAUCGUGACGAACUUUUUUUGUUUGAUACGAUCCCCGAUGCUGUUACUCGGCGGCAAUUACGUCAGCCAAAAACAUCGGUAUCGCAAGAAAAAAGUGUUACAGUUUUUCCACAUUGUGUUGCAGGCCAAGCAAGACAGACAAGCUCUGUCAUGCCGGAUAUGCACCAUAGGAGCCUCGUUUCAUAGGCGUUUUCCCGUAGGAUUUCUGCAUUACAAGUUUUCUCUCUCAUGCAGAGAAAUUUGCGUUGCUGAAUUCGCUACAAAUGUGUAACAGUAACACUUUUUUCGUGGGAUAAUCGGCAAUCGGCGACGAUUGACUUCAAAACGUUGAAGGACAACAUUUUCGAGGGGAAUUUCAAGAUUUUCAAAACCGCACUGGAAAAGGAAUUGAAGGAAUUGACGAUAAAACGGAAGGAAACCAGUAAGGAACUGAAGUCCCUCAAAUCCGUCUCCGAAGCGGCAGUUUUGAAGGAGCUGAAAUUGCUGGCGCUCUGCCGCCACAAGAACAUUCUCUACCUGGUGGAGGCGUUUGAAGACACAAAGUUCAUGUACGUGGUCGUUGAAAGGUGUUACCUAUCCAAUGCAAAGAUCAAGUCUCUGUCAGGAAGAUUUGGGUCGUCGUGUUUGUCAUGCAAACUGUACAUGACCCACGAUGCCUGUGAUGCAUUCUCUAGCAUCACAGCCCUCGCGAAGGCUUUAUCUAAUGCCUAUCCCGCAUGAGAAGUGCCCUAUCUUCCGGGUGGCAAAAAUCUGAGCACGACCUUUUGCUGAACGUGCAAGACAGCUUUUUGUAUGUAGUGAGGUCACCGAACGGUUCUAACCGGGGAGUUUUUUUGCCAGCCAGACAGCAAAACGACCGGCAGUUUGCAAGCGGCCGGAAGUGUUUUUGAGCACAAAAAGUUUUCACUUAUCAAGCGGUCGGGGCUUUGCCAACAAACAAGCCCGGUCGAAAACUAUCGACUCGCACUUGAUAAAACGACGCAGGGGAGCCGGCAAAAGGGGCGCCCUUCUGAGGCGCCCGCCGCCUUGGUUUCUGGCGAUUUGGGGCGCCCAAAAAGGGGCGCGCAAAAAACGCGCCCAAAAUCAGAACAGCGAAACAGCAUGGCACGGCCGCGAUUUCGGAGCAUUUUGGGCGGCCGCGAAAGCGGCCGCCUUUUCGCCGGUUUUAGAGCCUGGGAAGCUUUGCAAAAAGCGCCGGCGUGAAAAAUAAAAACGCGAAAAAUAAAAAGCGCGCCACACGCGCAAAGCCAAUCCGCAUGCUAUGGGCCCGGUUUUUCUUCGCUUUUUGGGCGCCCCCCGUGGCACCCGGAUCGGCCCCAUAGCAUCGGGGCUGGCUUUCGGAAAGGAAUUUUGGAAAUGUGCCAAAAUUUGUGAUGUUUCCCAAGUGGCCGCCAUACCGUGCGGCAUAACGUUACUCACGGUGGUAUGGCGAACCCAUAAAAAGCAAAGCCGCGGCCAAGGCUGCGGUCGGCAAAAAAACGCCCACGACCUCACUACCCCCGCCCCGCGGCUAUAUUUGGUAUGAUCGAGAGUUAGCAUCACAAAUUCCAGACCCAGCCAUGAUAUUUGCGUUUGAUAUCACGGCGAUUUCACGACGAGGUAUGGGGCCAUGAUGCCACCGCCCGCCCCGGUGACGACGGAUGCGAACUAUCAAAUGCAAAAAUGUCUGGCUCUGGAAGAAUACACACUUGUGAUGCGCAUUUCAGAACACAGAAAAAUCAUUCAUGCAUGGGUAGCAAAAGCUGCCCGCUUUCUGCCACCAAAGUGGGCGAUUUGUCAUGCGGAUUCGGCAUUGCGGAAGCUUCUCGGAACCUGUAAUGCUAGAGCCUCCAUGCCAGACCUUCUGUGUCAUGCAAAAACAGCAUGACUCUCCCAGACCCAGACAUUUUUACAUUUGAUACGAACGGGAAUAAUAGUACAACCACGGGAAAUAACAACUCCCACUUUCUUAUCAAAUGCAAAUAUGUCUGGGUCUGGAAUAAAGAAAAAGAUGCAGGGAAUUUGUGUUGCUGAGUCUUGCAUGACAGCGCGAUCUUCUGUACGGCAUCCACGGAUCACAAGAGUUGCGGAUGGUAAUAUUGCGAGAUCUACAGUGUAGUUUUGCAUGACAAACUGAGUUAUUUCACAGCAUGACACAAAAACUGGCCCAUCGUAUUCUAUGCAUCACAAAUCCGUGUUCUCCUUCACGCCUCGCAUCACAAAUGCAGACCCAGACAUAUUUGCAAUGCAUAUUUCUCGGCCCGCCGGCGGUCGAGUCGGUGGUCAAGCACGUGAUUUUCCAGGUCUUACAGGCACUGCAGCACAUGCACAAACUAUCCAAGAAAAAAACGUUGUUACUGUAAAUUUGUGAUGCGCAACAUGCAAGAUGAUUGCCGCUGUCAUGCUUGGCAUGCAUUGCAGGGUCCAUUACAGGGCGUUUUCACGUACUCUCUGCGCAUGACAGGUUGUUGCUGUCAUGCCAGACAAAUUUGUAAUGCUGUUCCCCCAAAAAAGUUACACCUACCAUGUUUUUUUCUUGGAUACAAGCUCCUUGUUCUCCAUCGCGACAUAUGAGUGUAGUGCACAACCCCCCCUCGACGUGCCCCUCUUCAUUUGUAAUGCAAAAAAGCAAAUUCACAAUCAGCCUCCAAGCUCUGUCUGCAUGGGAAAUUCAUUUGGAGAAGAACCUCAAACAGUACUACAAUCCGUGCGCAUGAAGAGAAGAUUUGUCAUGCGGAAACCUCAUUCCUGCCGCUGGCUGUGAUGCUAUGUCUCCCUUUCAAAGGAGAAUGAGGGGGAGUUCUUGUGCUGCACUGUCAUACGACAUCAAGCCGGAAAACGUUCUGUUCAAAAAUCCUCCAGUAUCCACCGACAGAAAAUGGCAGGCUGGUCAUAUUUGUAAUGCGAAAACAAAUACACAGAGCGACGCGGCCCCAUAGCAUGCUGUUUAGGAGCAUAUGCAAUACAGAUUUUUUUGUGCAUUUGUUCUUGGUUGCAUGUACAACUGUGACCUGCUUGCUUUUUUCUAUGUGAUACCCGGUGCGGGGAGCGCAGUCGCUGAACCAGCAAAGGCAGGUGGGCGUGCAGCAGUCGCGCAGGGAUUUGUAUCAUUUGUAAAAACGUCCCCACACCAGAGUCAAGAUGGGAAAUCUGCUAGAGAAAUCAGCCAGCUUUGGUCGUUUGGCAUGACAAAUUGUUCCUCGUAGUGUCAUCCUGUUUAGGUAGUUCAGCAGCAUCACAGAUCUAGCGCGUCAUGCUUAUUAUAGCGUCACAAAUUCCAAACACGACUAGAAAAUGCCUCUCAUGACAAACUUUUUUGGCAUGCAGAUUUGCAUGACAACUCUGGGGUGGGGACGUUUUUCCUCAGGAUAAUUUGUUGCAGUUGAACAGCCCCUCAGCUUCCGCUACGGAUAUAUGCAUGGCAAAUAUGUCUUGGUCUGGAAACAAGAUUGGAACUUGUGAUGCUAAUUUUGGAGGGCACAGAAAUCUGUGUUGCAUGAGCUCGAAGAGUUGGCGGUUUCGUGCAACGCAGAAAGCAAAUUUCUCAUGCGGGACAGGCAUUGGAAAGCAUGCGCAAAACUUGUGAUGCUUUCGGCAGCAUUCCAGACCAUUUCCAGGUCCAGAAGGUGCAUGACAAAGAACAGUCGGACUCUUUCAGACCCAGACAUCUUUGCAGUUGAUAGGAUAGGGAGAAUGACGAUCAUCUUCCAAACGACCAGAAUGCCGAGCAAUUACUGCACCCAGACAUUGUUUUGGGGGAUUUCGGCAUGGCGCUGUAUGAGAGUGCAAAACUCUCCCUCCCCUUCAUUUGUCAUGCAAAAUACCUAAUUUACGCCUUGGCUCUUGAUGGCACUGUUUGCAUGACAAGUUCUGGCAGCCCAAAUUAUAGCAGUACACUCCUGUCCAAAUUUGUCAUGCGAAACCUGUAUUCUUGGCGGCGCUUGUAUUGCUGUUCAUGCAAUACAAAUGAGGGAGGUGAGGGGGAGUUGUGCAUCUUCUAUACGCUGCAGAUGCAGCACAGAAACUCCGUGUGCACGGAUAUCCUGUGUAAAAACGUCCCCACCCGCCCAUAGUCAAGAUGGAGAUUUUGCAACACAAACCUAGGAGUUUUGGGAGUCACGCAUGACAAGUUGCACUCCGUAGUGUAGUGCAGGUUAGCAAGAAGUGCAGCCGCAUCACAGAUCCAUCUGCUUAUCCUGUUCACAGCAUCACAAAUUCCAGAACACGAUUGGCAAUGUCUACCAUGGGUAUGCGCAUCACAAAUGUCCUUGUCAUUGCAAAUCUGCAUGACAACUCUGGGGUGGGGACGUUUUUCCUCAGGAUAACGGAUUUAGCCGGGUCCGCGGCGUUUCUCGCGCCGGAAUCGUGGUCGGAUUCAGUCUAUGCAGUGCAAAAGUAUCGUAUUCGUAUAAAUGCAUUACAAAUUUCCUCAGCAUGAGAAAGAAAAUUUGUAAUGCUGAUUUACUUUAAGAAAGUCGGUACGAGUGCGAUGCUUUUGCAUUUCAUACAGUCCAGCAGUUCAAGUCUGAUAUUUGGGCGGUGGGUGUCAUGUAUCAAGUGUAAAAAUGUCUGGGUCUGGAAGGUUGGAACUUGUAAUGCUAGCUUUCCAUAGCUAGAAAAUCUGUAUUGCAUAACCAACAAAAGUCGCAGCCGCUUUUGUCAUGCAAAAACGCAGUCUCUCAUGCGGAUUGCCUAUGAGAAAGCGUUUUGGGAAGUUGUCAUGCCGGACUGCAUUCGGAAGCGUUUUCAUCAUGCACGUUUUAGCAUCACAAGUUUCGAGACCCAGACACUUUUGUAUUCGAUAUCAUGCAGUACGAGAUGGUGUAUGGAACCUUGCCAUACUAUGGAACUGUCAAGCUAAUCGAAAUUGACACAAAGUUGAAAUAAUCUGUGAUGCAUAGAACGGAUACCAGUUGGCGCCCAGUUUUCAAGUUGCGCAUGACAAACUUUCCUGGCCUCUAAAGCAAGUCUGUCAUGCUGUUUCGGGCUAAAGGGCUCCCCUCUGUCAUGCUAAAAAUCAGCAACCCAAUUCUCGAUCCUUACCAGCACUACAAUCUGCAUCCCUUGCGUCUUCAUCUGCAAUAGAGACAAUUGCUGAGUUGCAUUUUAUGCAUGACAAACUUUUAUUUCAACUUCGACAAUUUCGAUCCUGACACCCCCAUACCUACCAUACCAGCUCCCACCCGGAAUUCUUCAAGAACCAAUACCAAAAGUACACAUUGCUUUGCUUUUGCUUUCUUUGCAUGACAAAGUAGUAGUUUCUUGCUUGCCUUGCAUGACAGAUAACUACUCUCCACAUGAUCUUCACAAAAAUCUAUCCAGGUCUACUUCCUCAUCGCAGGCCAACCAGCCGGAGCAUUUCUGCGAUUUGGCGUAUAAGCUCGGCACGGUCGGUUUGAAACUUGCGACGACCGUGGUUUUACGCAUUGCAAAUAUGCCUAGGUCUGGAAGGUUGGAACUUGUCAUGCUGGUCUUACAUAAUUCCUGUGAAUUGAAAUCCAAAUCUGUAUUGCAUGACCAACAAAAGAAGUCGCAGCCUCUCUUGUCAUACCAAAACGCAGUAGUUUCUGAUGCAGAGUGCGCAUGCGAAAGCGUUCUGCAAACUUGUGGUCAUGCUUUCCUGCAUAAGGAGGCGUGUUCAUCCUGCACGUUUUAGCAUGACAAAUUUCCUCCAAACCCAGACAUAUUCGCAGUGCAUAGGUCUCUCCGGAAACCUCGCCGUACUACGGGGAGAAGUCCAGCAGUUAUCCUGUGCAAAAGUAUCGCACUCGUAGUAAUUGCAAUCAUGCAUUACAAGUUUUUUUCUUAAAGUAAAUCCGCAUUACAAAUUCUAUUUUCUUAAAGUAGAUCCGCAUGCUGAGAAAAUUUGUAAUGCAUUUAUACGAGUACGAUACUUUUGCAGUUCAUAGCAGUGGCGAAACGGUGAAUCAGCAGUGCCUUAUCAGACUUGCAAAACUAUCAUCGCACAGCUCGUACUGAAGAAAAUCGCAACGCACGCAAAAAUGCAAAUUGUUUUUUUCCCAGGCUGUUCUUGACUCAGCAUUGUGGUUUUGAAAGAAGUUUUUGUCAUGCAGCUAUUGCUAUUACUAGAUCUAGAGCGAUGUUGUGUCUGUUGUAAAAUUGCAUACGCCAAAACGUCAUGCAGAUCAUGCUCACGAAAGAUGCGGCGUUAAGGAGAUCCGCGGCGCAGUGCCUAGCCUUGCCCUGGUUCAGAGGCAAGCAGGACGAGGAAAAAGGGGGAGCUGUAGGUCGUGGAGGACAUGAUUCAAGUCCCGGAAGUAGCCCCGGAAGUUCUUCUGGGGGGGCGGGUAACAAGAGUAGGUAAAGGAGACGAGAACACUUUAUCAUCAAAGAUUGAUAGAUUCAAAAAUGCUAGUACCAGGGGAUGUGCUGAAAUAUUACUAGCGCAAAGAUUACCUGAAGUAGAGAUUUUUUUUCGAAGUGUUUGCAGGGAGCAGUGAGAGUUUUUACAUCGUACGCAUCUUUCCACCUAAGUUGAAUUUGACGACGGUAUUCCCCGAUCGUUGAACUUGAAAAAAUCUUACACUAGGGGUUGAGAAGCUUUUCCGCUACGGGUUUGCAAAAAAUCUUGUUAGGAAAAGCAGGGGGCACAACUUAUGCGUCUGAAGCAAAUUGAAAUUCACACUGAGAUCCUCUAUACUGUACAGCUUUAUUUGAAGAUGAUGAUUUUUACAGCAGUAGUGCUACAUUAUCGCACAGAAAAUAUAAAUCAUGAUUUCCUAUUAUCGCGAAGUGGCCGAAGAAUCCAAUCCAAAGUGCACCAGCGUCGUGGUAUGAUGCUAGAAAGCAGGAAAAAGAUCAAGAUUUAACACCAAGUUUAUCUAUCGAGGCUAUCUAAGUGACGCAGGAAUAGAAGUGAAAGUAUUGUGAAGAUAACGAUAUAGGGCUUCAAUGUCAAUCAAGAUCUAACUGU